AUAAUCAUUGUGCUCAAGGUGGUGGAUAAUAGCAUGCACUGUCAUUGUACUGUUUCUAUAAAGUCAUGCGCACACUCUUCAGGAAGCCCACACAACUCGGCGACAGCAUGUCCAUUGCCCAAGUCGUCGCUUCUUGGGGUACUACUUUACGUCCCGGACGCAGCACAUUUCUGAUACCCGAUGGCUAUGAUCUGCAUCUGACAAAUGUCGCUCUUGUCGUUGGUGACCCCAGCACCGAUACCAAUUCGUCGGGCCGAACUUCCGUCUGGAUGAUGCAUCUCACUCCGUCCGGUAUCCUUUCUCCAGUGCUUGGAUCAUCUGACAGGAAUGAGAGGGUAUUGCUCUUCACAAUGGCCCUUCGACAGGUGGAGCAUCUGACCUUGAAUGUUACGCUCGCGGCGAAAGAAUAUAUCGCUUUUGAAGUUAUAGGAAAUAACUGCAUCUGCCUCUCCGGGAACUUCACUGUUACAUCCUCUGAAAGCACGACAUCUUCAAACAAGGCUGCUCCUGCGAGCAAUUCCGUGACGCAACCGAUGAAACCCCCUGUUGUCAGUGCACAGAAAGAUAAAAAGCGUGCAAGGGUAGAAUCACUGAUAACCCCUACCAAACCCGGCCGUACCCUUCCUAGCGGAACCAUGGAUCGUACUCCGGCUUCAUCGCACGUCAGCCUUACACCGAGCAAGAAGCCUCCGCAACAACCGAGCCGAAGUUAUAUCGCUGCAUUGCCUUCGCCUUCGUUCCCAUCUACAACUGCCGGAAAGCGACGUCGACUGGCAAGCUCGACUGACGAAACUGACGGUUUCGCCUCGGAAUCCUCCGCUGCUGCAUCCCCCGCACCGACAAGCGCUGUCUUGACUGGACCUGGCCCGUCCACCUUCGACUUUCAGACGUGGAAUCUUCAUGUCGAAACUCCGGUGUCUGGUCCCUCCACGUUGGACGCUGAUGCCGUUGUGAUCAGAGAUCACAAAGUUGGUACAGGGGAAUUACGGGCUACUCGUGGAGAUGAGGUGAAAGUAUGGUAUCGUUUGCAACUAGCCAAUAAUGUUAUCCUUGAAUCCCGAAUGGAGGGAACACCGAUGGUGUUAGUCUUGGGCGAAGGCGCGAUUCUUCCAGCGAUUGACCGAGGCAUCGUGGGCAUGAAAGUUGGGGGCGAACGUCUCAUCAAAAUACCUCCGGCGCUGGGACACGGCGAUCGCCCGCACGGCGUUGUACCACCUAACAGCACAUUGUUUUUCCAGUGCAAGCUCCUAAGCAUCCGCCAGGUCGACGAGGAGGAAUGA